CUCGUAAGUGACAAAUCGUGCAGUAGACGCGGCGUAUACGCUACUAUUAAAAGCGAGCAGUGUAAAAAACAAAAAUAAAGGAAAUAUCCUUCAGCACAAGAAUGCACAAUCACAACUAUUACUCACACAUCAUACUAACCGUUUUGUUAUUUUUCCACAUAUCACUCACAUGCUGUCGUCCACAAGAGGCAGAUACGAAUGGUGAAACUACCGAGCCACUACGCAAUGGACGUUAUGUGCCCGAGUUGCAUGGUGCUCAACUGGGCAAGUAUAGGCAUGAUGAGAGUGGUACAUAUCGUCAUGUGAAGGUACCCUACGAUGGUGGUUACGGUGAUCGCGGCCUGAUGUAUAUACAUGAUGAACCUGCAUCGCCGCCGCGUCGUCCUGGAGAAGCUCUCGGCCUGCGUUUGGGUCCCAAAGAUCAUUUGCGCUUUUCUAUAGAUUUCAAUUUCGACGGCAGUGGUUGGCAAAUUGUCGAAUUCGAUUGGGUGAACGAUGAUAAUGUGAAGAGGCACUAUGAUUACAAGUUUGAGAAUCAAUUGUGGCCCUCGGAAGGCUAUGAUGCAGAUGCUGUUCAAGUGGAUACUUCUUCAACUGCCGCAACUCCAACGUCAACCAAUGUGCAUCUGUCGGGUGAAUACGAAGAUGAUAUUUACAAUGUUAACUACUCCAGCGAUGAUGUAGUGAAUACGCCAAAUCAAAUAAUAAGCGCAGUACUCGACUACAUACAGGACAAUAUACUGCCAACUCUAAAUAAAUAAAAUGCGCAGUUUUUUUUGGCUUGCUUAUAUGUAUAUUUCCUGUUUAUUUUAAAAUUAUAAUCAACACAUACGCGAUUUACUAAAUAUGGAUUAAUAAGCAGAUAAUUGAGCUUUUGAAACAUAACUACACUUGUUUUACGUAAACUAUUAAAUACAAAUUGAGUAUUUUGGUACGAAA